AGAGGGAGAUCUCUCGCGAGGAAGGACGCCAUUAUCGCAGCCGCUCGACAAACACCACGAGAAUUCGGCACCGCACACGGAUUGCAUGACUUGUAAAAUUACUUAUUUGGGGACCUGAAGUAGUGUUUGACUGGAUAUUGCUGCCUGGUUCUGAAUGAUGUCAGAACAGGAUUUGGCAGAUGUUGUUCAGAUUGCUGUUGAAGACUUGACUCCAGAUAACCCAGUUGUGUUGGAGAAUCAUGAAGUGACAGAUGAUGAUGUAGAGCCUGCUCUGAAACGUCAGCGUAUAGAAAUUAACUGCCAGGAUCCCUCUAUUAAGUCAUUCCUGUAUUCCAUUAAUCAGACAAUAUGCCUGCGGUUGGAUAGCAUCGAGGCAAAGUUGCUGGCACUAGAGGCUACCUGUAAAUCAUUGGAAGAGAAGUUGGAUCUCGUCAUGAACAAACAGCAUAGCCCCAUCCAAGUCCCCAUGGUGGCAGGUUCUCCUCUUGGCGCUACACAGACGUGCAAUAAAGUACGAUGUGUUGUCCCUCAGACCACAGUAAUACUGAACAACGACCGGCAGAAUUCAAUUGUAGCCAAGAUGGUUGGGCAGGAAGAGCCAUUGAGCAGAGCAGCGGAUUCUCUGGAAAAUAUUCUUAGCAAUGCUGUUCCUGGACGUAGGCAGAACACCAUAGUGGUGAAAGUUCCAGGGCAUGACGACAGUCACAAUGAAGAUGGAGAGAGUGGCUCUGAAGCCAGUGACUCAGUUUCCAACAGUGGACAAUUAGGAAGCCAAAGUAUUGGGAACAAUGUCACGCUUAUUACGCUGAACUCUGAAGAGGAUUACCCCAAUGGGACAUGGCUCGGAGACGAAAAUAAUCCUGAGAUGCGGGUCCGUUGCCCCAUCACCCCUGCUGACAUGCUGCACAUCAGCACGAACUGUCGCACAGCCGAGAAGAUGGCACUGACGUUGCUUGAUUAUCUCUUCCAUCGAGAAAUUCAGGCCAUCUCCAACCUUUCAGGCCAGGGGAAGCAUGGGAAGAAGCAACUUGAUCCUCUCAUGAUUUAUGGAAUUCGUUGUCACCUAUUUUACAAAUUUGGAAUCACAGAAUCUGACUGGUAUCGAAUCAAGCAAAGCAUAGACUCCAAAUGCCGAACAGCUUGGAGGCGGAAACAGCGAGGGCAGAGUCUUGCCGUGAAAAGCUUUUCAAGGCGAACACCUUCAUCAUCGUCUUACAGUGGUUCAGAGGGUUCGCAGAAUUCAGUUUCAGCUUCUAAUGAGAUCCAGCAGAACCAGCCACAGGCACUACACUAUGCACUAGCCAACGCUCAGCAGGUUCAGAUCCACCAAAUAGGAGAAGAUGGACAAGUCCAAGUAAUCCCACAGGGCCAUCUCCACAUAGCCCAGGUUCCUCAAGGCGAGCAAGUCCAAAUCACGCAGGACAGUGAGGGAAACCUGCAGAUACAUCAAGUUCACGUGGGUCAAGAUGGGCAGGUGUUGCAGGGUGCUCAGCUGAUAGCUGUUGCUUCUGCUGAGCCUGCGUCAGGGGGUGUUGAUGGAUCCCCGCUCCAAGGGAGUGAUAUCCAAGUCCAAUAUGUGCAGCUGACACCAGUGACAGACCACUCUGCGACUAAUCAAGGCACUGACGCCCUUCAAUCAGCUAUCCAGCCAGAAAUGCAGAUAGAACACGGAGCAAUCCAAAUUCAGUAAGAGAAUUAUGAAAAGCUGUGUCAACUGAGAUGUCAGCGAACCACAGUCAGAAAUUAAGUGCUGUAGUCUUCGUGCAACAACAGGAGAAUGGAAAUGCCUAUUAGACUAACGGUCACACCUCGAACAUCUCCUGCAAAUAGCAGAGUUCUGAUGAUCUGGUUGUCCUCACCUGGAAUAAAUCAGACCCAUUUACUUAAAUUGGAGCUACAUCACUGCAUCAAUUGAGUAUCUGGCCUUCAGAAAAAAUAAAUGGCCAGCCCUUAGGUACACUUAAAGAGGAAAAAAAAUCUUUCAGAAAGAGGGAAAGAAAUCUAAUGAAUCAAAACCGUGAGACUAAAUUAAUGUUUCAUCCCGUUCAUUUCUUCUGUGAAAUACGCCAUUUGAAUGUCUGCAGAUAUCUUAGGAAGUGUAUUGCUGCUUUGCAAUACUUGCUUUACCACAUAUAGAAGAUCAAGAGCUCAAAUAUUUUUCACUGUUUAAACUGCUUUUUUUAUUUGCUAUGGUGUUUAUAACAAAAAUGGAAAAUAUUUAAAAAAAGAAAAAACCCAUAACUGCAAGUAUUAGCCUUUUGCUGGUGUUUUCUGUUCAGUGUAAUGAAAACUGUAUUUGCAGAAGACUAACAAUUUUGUUUGUACUGUUGCUUAUCUACUUUUCUAGGGGAAAAUGCUUUUAAAUGCUGUAAUUAUGCAUUUCUAAUGAAAAAUAAAUGUGUAUUUAUGAAUAGUGCAGCUCUAAGUUGCUCUCUGCCUUAGGAAUGAAUACGGUUUGACUGGACUGUGCUGUAAGAGUGUAGUUCUGGAGUUUUUGAAGACAGAUGCUAUCUGGCAAGCCCUACUGUCAAACUCAGAAGUAAGAUAAGUCUGUAAGGAAGAUAUAAAUCUUAGAUCAUGUUGUUAUCUAAAUUUCCAGUGCAAGAAAAAUGUGAUAGUUAAGCUUUUGAGUCUGCGAAUCCUAUUUUAUACAAUGAAUUUAUGAAGUAAUUUUUUAAAAAUAUGAACAAUUCUUCUGAGCACUUUCCCUUUUAGUUCCUCCUACCUCCUUUGUGGCAAUACCUCAGUUUGGGAUUCAUCCAUAAAAAGCUGGGCUGCAAAAAUCUGACGCCUAUGUUGUUAUUCACCCUGCAACAGCAAUGUGAAAUCCUCUUUCCACUGAAACUUAUGGGCAAUUUGAUAACAGUUUAAAGAAAGCUACAUUCUCAUAUUUGCUAAGCUUGAGUGGAAAUGAUACGUUUGCUGUAAACCUGAUUAUCUUAAUGGUGCACGUUUUAGAAAGAGUGUCUUGCUAUAUGUUUAUUGUCAAUAUCUGGCUCAUAAUGCAUUUAAUGUAUUAAUGAAUGGGGCAUAGGCACAAAUUCUACAUGGUUGAAUUCAGGAUAACUUUUUUUAAUGAAAGGAAGAGUUAAGCACACCCAAUUUCUGGGAAUGUUGUCCCUGGUAAGUAUUACACUUUAUGUAAAUUCCUACUUCUCUUUAGGAUAUUUCUUGACGCACAAGUACAAUGCAAACUGAACCACAGCUUAUUGAAUACAAUGUUUGCAACAGGCCAAGAAUUUGGCUACUCUUCAGUUUCUUUUUUUAAUAGUGUUUCUCAGACUGGGUGAUGUUUGAAGAGCUUGGCAUCGAAAUAGAAGCCUAAAAAUAAAGCAAGGCCUGUACAUUUUAGCAUGGCUGUUUAAUAAUAAUUUAUCGCUUGGAAAUGACAGUGAGAAAGCUGGGAUGGCAAAGCCACUGCGUGCUACUGCAUACCACUCUCUUGCUAUAUUCAUAUUGGCCACAGCGGCUUUCCUGUUGUGUUAGAAAGUUUUACCCAGCUUUCCUUCUGCGUCCUGGGCAUCUUCUGCUUUCAGUGGGACCACACGUGCAUUUAAACUGUAGGUAUCUGUCUUUGUUUCAUGGUGCAAUUAAGAAUUCUGUUCUCUUUGCAUUUUUCAGCUCAGGUACAAGAUGAAAUUGAGUUCAGGAGAGGUUUCCUUUAGCCACUAGACUGCUGCAUGCUCAAGUCCCUUCUGCUAAAUGUGAUUGUAAAGGCGUGUCAAGCAGUGAAGUAGCAUGCACUAGAUUUCAAGAGAAUGAAAUCUACUUCACCAGUGUGGAAUGGAGAGUGUACAAAUCAAUUGAAAUAGGUAAGGAGAGCAGCGUAGUAAGAUCCUCCAGUGCAUUCAGAUGUUAAGACUGCGUGUUCCUCAAGAUGUGAAUUUUUCUCAGUGUUAUGUCAAUGCUUACAUUAGUCUAAGCUGUGUCAUGCUAUGUUUAUACUUCAAAGAAAAAAGACUUCAACGUUGAGCCAGGUAUUCCUAUGAGUAAUCCCUGUCCCUGUUCCCUUUCUGUAGAUUUUAUGUCAUUGGAAGAUUUAUGUCCCUGUCCAGGGAGGAAAUGUCUUCUCUUCAGGAAUGCUUUAUUUGUUUUCUAGAUGUUACAGGGUGUGUCAUGUACAAAUAAGUCAUUCCCUAGAAGAGUAAUUCAGGAAUGAAUUCCUUUCUAGGAAAUGCUUGUGACUGUGAAGAGUCUGUGAGGUUCUGUGCAAGUGUGAAGAGUAUGUUCAUACAGAGGUUAUCAUAAGAAUAACAUAUCAACGUAACAGUAAGAAAUCCUAGAAGUAUUAUAAGAUAACUCAAGGAAUGAAAAUCUUGCAGGGGUACUGAGGGUUUUGCCUGGCGCUCUGUUCAGGUAGGUUAAUGUUGUUUGAUCACGGAUGCAGUUCUGCCCUUGAAGACUGUUUGACCGUUUUCAGUGGAUCACCUAGAGAUGAGUUCUCGUUAUAUCUCCUUCUGUUAUUCACAGCCUCUGCCUUUUGUAAUAAUAAGGUUCUUCUCCAUCAACAAACCUUCUAACAUCUUUAUUUUUAACUGUUCUUUUUCUCCUCGUGCUGCUUUUGUCCAAGAGUCAGAGAUUGAGAACACAUGACCAAGAGUCUUCAGGGGGACAUUUCUUGUGAGGUUAGACUAGGAUCAGAUGCAUAUUUUAUUUGUAAUUCAUCUUGUGAGCUGCAGAAUACUGUUUUCAUGGCUUUGAUUUUGUUUUGUGUAAUAAUUUUAGGCAUGCAGGCUUUGGGGAAGGAGAGCCUCUGGUUCCCCUACCUGGCCCUAUUGGUUAUUUUCGGUAUUAAGUUCACUAUAGCCGGGACCUCACUAUUUAUCUUGAUGUUGUACUAAAGCUCUUGACAUGUAGUUAUUGCUGCACAGGCAGUAUGGUACCAUUAUAAUGACCUUUUGGAUCAUUUAAUUUUGAAUCCCACCUGAAAGAGCAUCCAUCUCAUGAAUUCUUAAGGGCUUCUGUGGUCCUGAUGUAAAAACUAAUCAAAAUGUUAUGGUUUGAUGGAUUGUACAACUAGAAAUUGGUCUAAAAAAAGGGAAGGAUGUGGGUUAUUUCUUUUCUGUUUUUCUUUCUUUCAUUC